AGCCUGGGACACAAGGUCUGAAAGACGUGCUGCUCUGUGGGUUCCUGGACCCCCGAGGUGGGACAUUGUCGUCUCAGCUCCGCGGCCGACGGAGAGACUUUCCUCCGAGAGCUGGACAGAGAGUUUCUUGCCCCCGGUUUCCAGCACCCCAGCAGCUGCUGCUGCAGAGGAAAAGAGGUUUGCUUUGGAUGCUUAUUGCCCAGACUGCCUGAGAGUGAAAAACCAGAAGAAGAUUGUUGGUGGUAGAACUCUAACAAUGCAAGCAAUGGAAUCAGUGACCUUCAAUGAUGUAGCUAUAGGCUUUGAUGCAGAAGAGUGGGCCUUGAUGGACACAACACAGAGAAACCUGUUCAGACAUGUUAUGCUGGAGAGUAUCCAUCAUCUGGUGUCUGUGGGGUAUCAGCUCUGCAAAUCAGAAGUGAUUUCCCAGUUGGAACAAGGAGAGGAACUGUGGAGAGAAGGAUUAGGAUUUCUCCAAGGACAGAGUACAAACAGACAAAAUGACCAUAGAAAAGAAGAAAUGAUAAUUAUGCCACAUAUCUGCAAUAAGGACAAAUAUAUGACCCAAUCAAAGAUUUCUAACAUUGGAGAGGAUCCCUUUGGAAGCAUUGAUAUGGGAGAAGAUUUAAUUCACUCAAGAUUGGCCGACAUGGAAACAAAGCCCUAUGUAAAUGAACAAUUUCAAAAAGCCAUCAAUUACCAGUCAUUCUUUAGUAGACAUAAGCAAAUUCAGACAGGAAAUAAUUCAUAUGACUGUCAUCUAUGUGGAGAAGCCUUCAGAAAUAUUUCUGUCCUUACACAGCAUGAGAGAACUUGCACUGGAGAGAAACGAUAUGUCUGCCAUCUGUGUGGGAAAUCCUUCAGUAGAUGUUGUAACCUUAAGGAACAUCAGAGAAGUCACACUGGGGAGAAUGCAUGUGUCUGCCAUCAAUGUGGGAAAAUCUUUACUGAUAGUUCUAAGCUCAGAGUACAUUUGAGAACUCACAAUGGAGAGAAACCAUACAUUUGCCAUCUAUGUGGAAAAUCCUAUAAGAAUCGUGGUGACCUUAGGCAACAUGAGAAAUCUCACACAGGGGAGAGACCAUAUGCCUGCCAUCUAUGUGGGAAAGACUUUGCUCGUAGAACUGCCCUCAGAUCACAUGUGAGAACUCACACUGGGGAGAGACCAUACAUCUGCCAUCUAUGUGGGAAGUCCUUUGGUCAUUGGAGUAACCUUAGGGAACAUAAGAGAACUCACACUGGGGAGAAACCAUAUGUCUGCAACACAUGUGGGAAAUCCUUUAGUCAUUGUGGUAGCCUUAGUAGUCAUAAGAGAACUCACACUGGGGAGACACCAUAUGCCUGCCAUCUAUGUGGGAAAUCCUUCAGUCAACGUGGUCCCCUUAAGGAUCAUGAGAGAACUCACACUGGGGAGAAACCAUAUGUAUGCCAUGUAUGUGGGAAAGGCUUCACUCAUCGUACUGCUCUCACACGACAUGUGAGAAUUCACACUGGGGAGAAACCAUACAUCUGCCAUCUAUGUGGGAAAUCAUUCAGUCAUUCUGAUAACCUUAGGAGUCAUGAGAGAACUCACACUGGGGAGAAACCAUACAUCUGCAAUGUAUGUGGGAAAUCCUUCAGUAAAAGUGGUUGACUUAGGCAACAUGGGAGAACUCACACUAGGGAGAAAACAAAUGUCUGCCAUUUAUGAGGCAAUUCUUCAGUCAAUGUGGUACCCUUAGGCAACUUGGGAGAACUCACACUGGGAAGAAACCAUGUAUCAGUUUUUUUGUAGGGAAGGCUUCACUGAUAGAGUGACCCUCAGCACAAGAUAAUUAACACUGGGGAGAAAACAUGUCUGCCAUCUAUGUGGGAAAACUAUUAGACAUAAUUCUACCAUUAGGUACAUCAUAGAACUCAUUAACUAUGUUGUGCAUAUAUAAUUUUCAGACAGCUACCAACUUUAAAAAGAAAAAAACCCACACAGGAGUAUAAAUCCCUAUCAAUGUAAUCAAUGUCUACAUGCCUUUAUUUACAAUCUAUCCUUAAAUAACAUGAUUGCACUAUCCUGGGAGAAACACUAUGUAAUUGCAUAUAGUAGAUUUCAGCUGAGCUCCAGCCUUGGUGUAUGUAAGAAUAACUCAGAGUAGGAAUAAAUCCAAAAUGAGAAAACUGGAUAGGAAAGAUAUUAUCAGUGGGAGGAAUCUCUAGAACUCUAGGAGAUAAUUAUUGAUGGAACAAUAACUCAAAAAUGAAAUGUGUGAAAUUCUUUGCCUACACAGCAAUGUGUGAAAUAUAUGUGAAGUUUCACCUUUUAUAAAAUAUUCUCUGUAUGUAUAGAGAGAAUGAAGAAAAGUCAUUGUUGGCUUUGAAUUUAUUCAUCAGUGUUUAAUUUCCCAUACUGAGGAAAUGUCAACCCUAGAAUAAAAUCACAAAGUGUUCAGCUGGAGUUCACAUCAGGAAUAUCAGACAGGGAAAAACAUCUAACAAGAAUGCUUUACAACACAAUUCAACCAUGAAUUCAGAGUUUUACCUGAAAACUAAAUUAAAACUAGCAUUGUGAAGUGAUCUAGGAUUGCUGAAUGAAGUAUUUUUUAAUGAGUUGGAGGGAAGGAAGUCAAAAUUUUUCUCAAUACACUUGCAAAUAAUUAUGAAGUAAAAGCUGUAGCUGAAUGUUCUAUAAUGGUCAGCUAUUUUUCACACUCUAAACAUAAAUAUGACUGUUAAACCAGAGAACUUUGAAUGUAAACUGAAAAAUGUACAGACCAAGAUUAUGUAUCAUAAAUAUUAUAUUCUUUGAACAGGUAUACAUCCAGCAAUGAUGAAUGGAAUAUAAAUAAAUAGAUAACUUGGGAUUAAUUUCUGCUGAUAGGGUCAUUUUCCUUUGCACUGUCACUAUUGGUCUUGUACCUUAAAAUGGAAUUAAAAUUAACUUAAAAGAAUUACACAGUUGUAAGUCAUGGAAUAUUGGGAAGCCUGGGGAUGGGAAAUCUCCCAAUCUUGACCAGGCAUUGGGGUCACUCCCUCCAUUAAAAAUGGGUUGUGGAGGUUUUCAAAUAAGGCAGACUAGUAGACAUAGAGCAAAAUUC